AUGACACAGAAUGAUUGUACUUUUCCGAUAUUUUCCUCCUUGCAGCCGCCACUUUUUGCUGUGCUGGUGCCCCUUUAUUCAGUGGAGGCGUCGGCCGCUUCUUUCGGCGACCUUUUCCUUUCUCCUGAGCCGGCAUUUAAUAUUCUUCUGAGCACACGAUGGAACGACCAGGCGACGGCGCUGGUGCAAGCAGAGCUUGUCGGGUACAAGUAUAGCCUCACAGCUCCUCGGCCUCUCCGCACCCCGAACGCAAUAUUUGCAGGCGCCGUCGUCGAGGAAUUUCCGAAGCAGGCGUGCCAAACCCUGGUUGGGGAGCUGCGGUCCGCCUACGCUCUGGCGCCGCGGGCGAGGGAGAAUUUCGCAGCAGUGCGCGGGACAGAAGGUGCCAAAGCGUUGCAGCGGUUGUUUGAAGUCGUGGCUUGCACCAGAGAAGCAGUGCCUUUGAUGGAUCAGCCGCGUAUCAACGACCUUCGUGUCCUUUUGGCCAAAGAGCUGAGGUACCUAGUGAAACACGCCAGCCAAGCGUGGUCGGACAAGCUGACGGGUUACUAUGAGGCCGAGGCGGCAGCCCGCCAGGCACUGGCUGGGAAGUUCAUGGAGACUAUGAAGACCAUGAAAGAAGACUAUGAACUCAGGGUCCUCGUUCGCGCCGCAGAGACGUCGGACGUUGGCAUUCAGAAGAUCUUUCUAGUCGACGUGCUGAGAGAUUUUCCAACGGUCCUCCUUGAGGAAGACUUCUUCUCGCCGAAGCUGCAGAAUUUCUUUUCCAGUAUCCUCCAGUACCCGCGCUCUCAUGUGACCAUGGACCGGCCGGCCAUCGAGGCGGUACUUCAGACGCACAUGCAGACACGGUCGGCGAGCGGCGAGUCGCUGACGAAUGACCUGUUCAAGCACAUCAACGAUCCAGACCACUACUUCCAUCCCGGCGCCAAAGCGCUCUUCGUCGACGUCCUCGCCCUUGUCUGGAACUACUACUACGAGCACAGUCAGGGCAUGCUUCAGCUUCUCUGCGAUAGGAAAGAUGAUGCCUUCGCCUUCCUUGCGGGACAAAUUCUUCGCCUGCCGGAGGUGGCUCAGUCGGAACCAGUGGGUGUUCGGGUGGACAUAUCCGGCAGGACUGAGGUUACAGACAACCGGAAGUCGUUUUCGCUGGAUGCCUUCGGCUUCGGCACCCUGAUGCACUUGGCUAGUUGGCAGAAGGUAAAGAAGUAUGGUAACCUGGCAGUCAUUCAGGGCACAUGCCGCUUUGCCUUCGUCGCAAAGCCGAGAGCUGAAUCGGCAGAGCCGGUCGACGCUGAGGACUCAGCGAUCCUUUGCACCAAAUACGACGCUACGUUUCAGCCGCCCGCCUCAGGGAUUUUCUCCGGACAGUUUUAUCGAACUACGAGGUCGUUCUCGCCUGCGUUGUACCGCCACCUAAAGACCUGGGAAAAGCUUGGAACACCAGGAGAAGCCAUAGAAAUCCGCCACCUAACAGCGGCUAUGGCAAGGAAGCUUCGUCAAAUGGUGGAGGGUCCAGGAAGCGAACUGCAGGCAACCUGGGAUUUCGAUUUGCUUUUCGGUAGGCAGGGACGAUCCACCCUGGCGUUGGGGGGCGUCAGCUCUGCUGCAGCUCUGGCGGCCUCGCACGUGACCCUCUGGAGUCUGCAACCGGGAGAGGCGCUAAGCACCGUGAGGGCUUCAGUGGAACAGAGCUUCGACAACAUGUUCUACAGUGCGACAUCGUCGUUGAGGCCACUCCUGAAUAUGGAGCUCGCCCGUCUUGUCGCAAGACAAAGCGCCGGCAGACAGGAAGACCAAACUCUCACUCCGGACGUGAAGAGUAUUAGAGACUCCCUGCGGGUUAAACUGGCUCUCGAACGUGUAGAGGCCGCCAAACAGUUUUCUGAAAAGCUGAAGGCGAUCGAAGAAGAUCCAAAUAAAGACGUCUUGUCUUUCCGGAUUCAGCACAGGCUCAUCGAUACAAUCCUCUCCAGCCCCUUCUUCUACUCGCACGACGUGCUAAACGCGAUUGAACUCAUCAGCAGCAUACCGGAACUGAGCGACGUGCACCUUGCUUUGCAAAUCAGUGUUCGCGGACUUGUCGCUUUGCACCGCCUGCUUCAGCGGUCGCCGCUGUUGGCUCUCAAUAACUCGGUUGCGAAGGGCCUGAAGCUCUACAAACCCGCGGGAAGCCAGGAUUCCCUUCGUCACUCGUUCAUUUCUCGUCUGAACAUCGUGAUGCGGCUCGCGUGGCAGUUCCACUCCCGCAGCUUUGACAACCAAGUCGACCUGCUUUCUCGAAAUGGAUUGCGGAUGCUCCGGCAGGAACUGUCGAAAGCGGCCUUGGUUCGGACAGAGCGCUUGACUCCGACGCGAGGGCUGUAUGCACUUGCAGACCUCCCGCGAACGUUUGAUUCUUGCGGGUUUACCACAGCUUUGAUCCUCGUCGCCAUCGCAGAGGCCCGCUCCGUGCCGGUCGAGUACCUGGACGAAGCCGGGCGAUAUUUCUCCGUGACUUGCACGGCCUGUGUGAAUGCGCGGGAGAGCUACGUCGCCACCAGCACGGGCCUCGUGCGCGUCCCGUCCGGGAUUCCUUUGGCGAGCCUAGCCCUGCCCUCGAUUCGUGCCAAUCACCACUUCGCCGGCUUGAAAAUUUGGGAAGCUCCGAGAGCCAGUCUAGUGGCGCCCCGCGUGCCACGCGCUCACCAGGUCCGCCGAAUUCUCGGGCGUCUCCAGUCUUUCUUCGACACCGAGCGGCGUGUUUCUCAUCUCAACGCGGCGGUAACGGAGGCGGUUAUCACACACGCAAAGUUGCCAGUCGAGAUGAGCAUAUGCACGCCGAUGUCGCGGGCUUUCCCCGGGUGCCUCGUCCAGCCCGUUUUAUCCUGUGAUCCAGGAAACCAAGUGUGCAUAGAGAAAGCCAACGCGAUUACCGCCGAUUUCGAUGACUUGUUCGACAGACUAUGGCUUGAAGUCAGCAGUGCGCGCUUCGAGGCCGACAGUCUUCGCGCUGAGACACACUGGCGCAUGCUGAGACCGGUCGUCCUCAAUCUCCUUCGUGCAAACAGCCCUAAGCUCACACGUGAGGAGUACGAGCUGAUGACUACAUCGAAUCUCCAUUUCGCCCAAUCGGUGGCGGGUCGCGAUGCCGCGCGAAUGCUCUGGCUACGUCUGAUUCUAAGGCGGCCAGAAAAGCUGAAUCAGGAGGACUUUUCCCGCCUGAUCCUGGCUUUCGAGGAAUUUGGCAACGGGGCACCGGUUCCCACCCAAGCGAUCCAAGAGAUUGCCACCUUCUACAAAAACGAAAUCGCUGCAGCCGGAGACAGCACGCAACUGGGCGAUCACGCAGAGGCAGCACUUGAAGCAGCUGCAGCCAAAGCCUGCAAAGAGUUCGCUUCGCUGGGGAUCUACGACGCGACGGACAAGCGCACAGUUAAGAAGGUGCUCCUGGAUCUUUACUACCUCCGCAAAGAGUCGCUGUUUGAAUUUUUGCUUGGCUCUUUGCCCGGCGUGGAGGAAUUUCCUCAGUCGCUCCGCGCGAGCACGACGUCCUGCUUGCUGGAGGCUUGGAGAAAUGAGCUCGAGUUUAACCGGAUGAUCAACGAGCUCGAGCAGCUUAGCGGCGUCUCUGCCUUUACUCCGCAAUCCGUGCGAGAAUGUUUCACAGCCGGCGCCUUGGCGGUUGAGGCUGAAUUCCGCGAACAGCCGGCAGCCGCUGCUCCCUCUCUCCCUGCACAAGUGACAGGAGUGAUGAGCAGCUCGUUUUUUCUGUUUUUAGUGUUCCACCGCUUCAAAACUGUCCUCGAGGCCCUCGAGGUGUUCCGCGCACUCCAGCGCCCGCGAGAAAAAGAUCUCCUCGAGUUGCCCAACCUUCAGGCGCUCACAGAGAACAUGCGGUCUCUUUCUAGCUCCCGAUUCCGCGGCCUGAUUCGCAGGACGCCCGGAUUCUGCGAGUUCGCCUAUGCCUUGGUCGCCGCGCGCACCAGGCGAGAUCUUUACAUUUUGGAGGCCCCUAGCCGACGGGGGUUCGGUGGAAGGCUACUCCGCAUUGGCGCUCCUUCGACAGAGUUUUUCAAGACGCGCGCAAGCAGAAGCGUCAGCGUCAUCUGUGCGCCGGCCUGUUUCGUCGUGUCGCGAGACAGCGGCGCCUCUGAUGUUGUCAAAAGCGUAGCUGCAGAGUCUCAGACAGUCAUACGCGACCGCGCGGCCCUGCUCCGAGUGAUUCUGAGUGGCGUCUUCCCGAAGCUCGACUUCUUUUCUCGAGUCUCCCGCAAGGAGCUCGAUUCAGCAGGCAAGUUGUUGCCAGUCCAAAACACCGUUUUCAUCCCAGCAGAGGACGCGCGCAUCUGCAAGGAGGAAGCGAAUCCGCUUCACACGAUUUUCGUGGUAAACGAAUUGUGCAAGCUCACCAAGAUGACAAAGUCUUAUUUCCUGGAAGCUCUGACGGUGACCCUAGGAAUAGGAAAACUCAACCCGCUCACGUGGCUACGCUUUUGGCUCGCGGGCAACGACGUCGUGUUCGCCUUGGCGAAGGAGGCACUGCGGGAGAAGAUAGACGACGGAGGCGCAAAGAGCCUGGAGACUUUCAUCAAGGAUCCAGAGUGGCGCCGCGGGGUGCCAGCGCUCUACGAAGAGGUCCUCCUGAAGCUCAACAACUCGCUGUCGAGCUUCAGAGAAGUCGCCAUGCUUCUUCGGCGAAUCAGGCCCGCAACGCGAGCUAUGCGACGGAUUGUCGAGUCCAUUAUGGGUUUUUUCCGGUCUUCACGAACGGAAAAAACGCCAGACGAAGGCGUCACGAUUGUCAGGCAGGCGAGGCCUUUCAAGAUGGAGAAAGUGAUCGACCGAGAAGCGGUUGAGAGCCUUCCAGACCUGUUUUUCUUGAAGAACUGGCUUUCCUUCUCCAUCUGCAUGGACAACGGCGAGGACGGCUUGGAGUUUUCCGGCACAUAUCGCCUUGCGACCGCCAUCGGAACGAGCUUGAAGGCUGCUCAGCGAUUUUCGACAGAAAGUUACCUGAUGCACGGCCCUAUUCGGGGCGAGCGAACUGUGACGGCCGCCUUUAACCGCAUGGCUGUGGAGUACUUCAUUGGCGUUGGAGGCGUUCACGACUCGGCCAAGACGUUGGUUGAGCACAUGGUGACGGCAGUUCUUCACACCUGCGCGCGCGUGCAAAACACUGAAGAACUCGGUAGCUUUUGCGACUCUGCCCGGGCCUGCCGCGCGAGCCAGACCAAGAAAGGCCCAGGCCCUGCUGACGUCGAGUGUAUCAUGAAAGUGCUCCAAGACAGUUUCUCCUCGGACCGCGAGCCAGGCCGCCUCCAAGCUGUGCUGAAUAUCUUCAACAGCCUGUUCGAGGAGCUCGGUCACCGCGUGGUGAUUUGGAGCCAGCCGCUGAACCACCUGUUUACGUACGAGACCAGAGUGAAGAGCGUCGCGGACUCGUUUCCCAUUCAGCUGAUUGUAGGCCGGGGCGGGCCCCCUGUGGCAGAGGGCGACCUACCGGGAUGCGGCCUCUACGUCGUUUCGCCCGCGUUCUCGCUACAGAACCAGCUAACGAUGGCCUCUCGACGAGAGCAAGGAGCCAGCGCGCCGAUCGAGAGCUACUCCGCCGAGGCUAUUGAGAUCCUCGACCGCUUCCUGCGAAACCAGGAGGCUGCCGUUGAGGCGACGCGCUACGUGAACCAAGAUUCCUUCGAGCCCCUGGGUUUCAUCAUCGACCGGAUUGCCAACCACCCUGAACUCGACUCAGCUACUGUACUGCUGCCGGCGCAAUUGCCAAAAGUGCUGGGGCCCAAUCCAGAGAACGAAGAACUCAUCAUGCAGCAAAAAGAAUUCAUUGAUGAGGUUCUCGGCGCACGGGCGGUCGACACGGAGAUUCUCAAGAACUUGACCAUGCGCCAAGCCAUGCAAGCGUGCAUGGACACAAGGAACAAAUGCAAAGAUGUGCACGACGAGCUCGAGAAGCGCGUGACCGCAGCACUGGACAGAUGCCAGGAAAAAGCCGACAAAAACUUGGCGGCAGGGCUGAAGCCAGGCCAACGUCGGAAGCUCUUGUCUACAAUGGAAGAGAUCAAGCGCGCCCUGCACAGUCACGAGUGCGGCGCCGCGUCGUGUUCGCUGACAAGCAAAGUUGAGGCCUCUUUUCGCGCCGUAUCGAAGUUCUUCUCGCCCUCCGAAUUCCGCGAGAUGCACUCCCGCAUUUUUGAGACGGUGACCCCGGUCGACAGAGACGCCCUCAGUGGCGAGGUCGCGCGCGCUCUCAAAAGCGUCACACCUACGCUGACGCUCCCGCAGUGGGCGACGGUUCUCGACAAGCUCAGCGAAGCCAACCGCAUGCAAGCGACGGCGAAACAAAUCAACCCCGAACUCGUUGGACACCUGAUGCUCUUCAAACGCACAUGCUUUGAGGUGGCUCAGCGACGCCUCAGGGACUCGCUCGCCGUUAUCCAGAUGACUGUGAAGAAGAACGCGCCCUCGUGGGCAUCCGAGAUAGAGAUUGAGUUUGAGCAGCGCGAGCGCUCUCGGAAACUGAUUGUAGAAUCCGUCCUCAAUGAGUGCUGCUCAAAGGAAAAGUUUCUCCACAAUGGCGCGACCGGAUCUGCACACGCGUUUAUGAAGGGCCUUCGGUCUCGUGGCCUCUCGGCAGAGUGGAACGAGUUGCUCUCACACCUCACGGACAACCACCUCAGCCACCUGACCUGGAUGCAGCGCGCAUGGAACAUCGACAUCAGGAAAAUGGGAGAAAACGAGCUUGGGAUGACGCAGAGUUGCCAGGAACAGCGCUUCUGGAAAAUCGGCGCCGCAGCAUGCACAGCUCUUUUCCUCAAGCGCAUGGGAACGCGCGGCCUCAAGCUCGCCAGGUUCACUCCUGUCACCAAGAGCGCGCUCGAAGACAAUAAGCAGACGUACGAGGAGUGGAUGGACAGAGGCCGAAACGUGCUGCUUGCCGCGAAAAAGACCAGCAAAGAAACGAUAAAGAUCGACCAGUACGCAAACGCCGAAGCCAAGGUCUGGGUGCGCAUUGCGGAGGCGCUGUAUGUGCGGCCGAACGCGAGCUGGGCUUCAGUUCGCCAGUCGAUCAUCGCCAGCAGCGAUCGCAUCUACCUCAGCGUUCUGGGAAGAAAGAAGGCUCGCCGACUCUUCGGAGCAGUUCAAGGGCUCCACCGAGCGGUCUCGUACGUUGAGGAGAAGCACUUCAACCAGUUCGGCGCAUUUUUUGUCACGGAUGCCUUGAUGCGUCACCUACGAGAACAGAACAUCUUCGAUGCCGGAAACAGCGCGAUGACCAUUGGCAACAUCAAGCGAAUCAGGACGUUUGUCGAGUGGAAGAAGAAGGUGCUGCUUCUCAAAGUGUCAACAGAGAUGAUUCGGACGCCCAUUCCCGUAACGCUGAUCCAGGCGAUGGCGCAGCACAAGCAUCUCGUUCGGCAAGUCAAGUGGCUAGCAAAGAGCAAAAUUGUGGCAAACGUGGUUCGGACUUCCUUGCUGUCGAUGGUGCGUCUGGCGCUGGGCCCCGCACUCGCGCGGGUCAUCAACGCGACGAAUCCAGACCGGGCGAUGACAACCUCCACCGAAGGCAAGAGUGAAGGGACGCCCGCGGUUCUCGCUGGCUUGCUGUCGAUGAGCGUCCUGAUGAACAAUUACCUGGGAAUGAAUCUGCCUGCCCUCGUCCUUUUGCUCCCGCCGAUUAUCUCUUUUGUCAAGUCUUACUCGACCAAGAACUUGCUGGAGAGCAUCAUCGACAAAGUCGACCUGCCAGAGCUCGUCGCACACAUCCUGGAGCCCUUCUUCCCACAGGUGGAGCAGGUCGUCGUGAAGUGCAUCCGCGAGUAUGUGACGGUUGAGUUCCUCGACGGCGUGAUUCGGGAGCAGCUCAGCAGCCGAUUCAAGCUGGAAUCUUUGGCGUUGUCCUCGAAAAUCAAGGAUAUCGCAGAGUACCUGGUCAACAUCGUCAGGAGGCGAGUCCCCAUCGUGCUGACCAAGCUCAAGCACUACUUCAUCAGUCCGACGCUCCACUACGUGGCGCGCAUCCUCAAAGAACUCGUGGUCUCGGUCGUGACCACAGGCGCAGACAACGUCGCGAAUCUUCUGCUGCAGCGCCCUCACAAGCUGCACCCAGCGCAUUUCCAGUAUAUCAUUCGCUUGCCGUCGUUGACAGACUCCGUGGGGCUAAGGGACGUCUACGAGACGGUUCUCGCCGUCUUCCGCGACCGCACUCUCAGGGCCAUCAAUCCGACGAUUCACAUUCCCCCAGAGUUGACGGCUGGCCUUGCGCCUCUCGAAAAGAUCAUUGCGUUCGGUCUGUUCCCUCCGCUGCAUCCGCUGAACCCCCUCGGCUUCCCCUCGCUGACCGAGAGAGCCUGGCAAACGCAGACGACCAACCACAGGCUGAUAUUCUAUCCGACGCUGCAGACCGGCGUCACGGGUUUCCUCGGAGAACUUCGUCUCACCCUCACGCACAACCAGCGGGAGAUUGCGCACGUGUUCCAAAUCAAAGACGUGAAGGGCUUGAGCGCGGCCGAGCUGAAAAAGUCGAUGGGGAUGUUCACCAACCGGAUGCUGACCUUUGAGUUCACCCGGCACAGCCGCGUGCCGCACGCCGCGGACGUGGUGGUUCGCAGCCCGAGCCGCGAAGUUCUCUGCACGCUGUCCGUCCGAUUCGGGUCGCUCUUCGUCGACGCCAUUCAGCAGGCGUCGCUGAUCACACACUUGAACCAGAGCAUCCCCGGGAUCAUCAAGCACCUGCAGAGCAUAAGCUCUGAAGGCCUAGAGGACGUCUUGACUGAGCUGGCGCGACAGCUGCCAGGCAUCGAUCAACCGGAUGUGUUACUCGCCGAGGCUGCGGGAAUGGUGGAGCGGAAGCUGUACUCGAACUUACUGCAGUAUGAAUACCUUUCCGCCUCGGACUGGUUCUCGCUCGACUUCGGCAUCUCGGUCUCGGUGCCCCGCGUGGACGACCCAGCAGCUGCCACUGGCCCUGCGUCUGUCGAACUGACUGUCUUGGUUGGAGAAACGGAGGUCGCGAAGAGCUUCUUGGUCUCCGUUUUUGAUCACCAAGAUCAGCUCGCGCAGCUCGACGACAUUGUCAAAAGACGCUGUGGCGUGAAACAGUCGCUCACGCAGCGUCUCCUCAGUCGUCUUCGAGGCUCGGGCGCGGUGGAGAACACACCCAAGUGCAUGAAGAUUGCAAAGUUCAGCACAGACCAUUCAGGUCGGUCGUGGCUGACGCUGAGGUGGAAGAACGGCAACGGCUACGCCAGCGAGCGUUUCGCCGUCACGCCCACGAACAAUCCGGACAUGAGUAAAACCGUCGAACAGCCGGCAGAGCGUCCGUUGUCAGACGAGAACCUGGAGGACCUCAGAUCGCGGAUCGCCUCGGCGAGCGCUCAGCGCGGGAAGAGCUACGAGCUCAUUCACUGGGCGGUGUUCACCGUGCUGUUCAAGACAGCCGUCGUCAACGCCUCGUAUCGGCGGCAGCGACGCGCUUUCCGUCGCGCGAUGUCGGAGACAAACGACUCGGGCAAGCGGGUCUUUAGAGAGCGCGAUUAUCUGGAUAGCGAAAUCUUCCGGAAGCCCCAGGCGACGCUCGAUCCCUCGUGGAUGCUGCGCCUCGACGCACUGAUCCACCAGCCAAAGUAUCGCGAGCUCGUGACGAUGUUUGGCGACAAGUUGCACGCGUACAAGGAAGCACUCGCUUUUGCCCUCUCCAGCAUUCCCGUCACGGAGAGCGACUCAGUGCAGUCGGCGAGCGCCAUGAUUACAGCCGAGCGGCUUGGGCAACUCUGUCCGCUGGACAGGCCCGAGUCGGAGGAGAAAAAGUCGGCCUGCGAAAAGAACAACGGGAUGUGGGGCUCUCUGUGGGUCACCGACCGUGGAUCGUCUCUCCUGAACUUCAUCGGGCAGAAGAAAAUGAAGACGCCGGCGCUGUUCAAGUACUGGCCCGCGGGCGCGACGGACACGGUCGCCAAGUAUGCGGUGGGCGACUUGGAUGAGAUCGAGAUGUACUUGCACAGUCGCGCGGACGCGGUCACCGUCAAGCUCGUGUCCCCGACGGUUGUCAGUCAGCAGGUCUUCGUGCAGCUCUACGACAACUAUCUCGCCGGAGAGGCCAGCGGCCGCGUCAAGGACGUGGGCGAGAAGUACCAGGUGCUCAAGUACGCCCACAUCAACCAAAUACGCCUCCUGCGCUGGUACAUGUCGCUCGCGCGCGGUCAGCAGGAAGCCUCCGUGUCCGCGGUGCUGCGAAACGCCGGUCAGGCAAUCAUCAACGCCGUGGAGCCCACCUCGGUGAUGACGGCGGAGGAGAAGUACACGUGGUCUAGCAAGCUCGAGGCUUACGCCGAGCAGGUCUACAGAGAUUUGGAGAUCUCCUUCGGGAUGCGCGAGCUCUCAGUCACGCUGGGCACACCCACCUCGGGCGUCACCGAAGCCUCGCAGCCCCACUACAUGGUUUACCUCACGACGCUUUUGCACAGGAACCCGUACGCCGACGGGGUGGGUUUCCAGUCUUCGCUGCAGGAGCCGACGAUUCACCGCGGCUGCUCGGCCUCGCCGAUAGACUGCCCAAGCCACGAGGUGCUCUGGAACCACGUCUACACGACGCUCUUGGUCAUGGUUCAGCUCGCGCCUCACCCCGAAAUACUGGAGUCUCUCCUUGCCGCCGGAGAUCUGGAUUUCUCGGGAAAGGAUGACCCCACACAGCCGCUCACAUUCAAUCAAGCCAUGAAGCUGCUCCAGUAUGGCAUGAGCAUCAUUGCAAGGUGGAAAGUCAGCCCCGAGGUCGAGCACUACUUUGAGGGAAAGGUGGACCUGCCUUGGAUCAAACGCAUGCUUUCGCUUUUCCAGGACGACGAGACUCUUCAGGCACUUGUAGUGUACACGCCACCCCUCUUCUUGAAAUCAACUGUGCUCCAGAAUCCUCGGGCAAUUCUGCAAAAGGCCGCCUGGAACGCUCUGAUUGCUCUUUGGGGCUUCAGCGGGGCCUUCGGUCGCUUCGCGCUGGAGGUUCGCAGUGGGUGGCAAAAACAGAUCCAGGGCGGCGUAUCGUACGGCUUGGCCAUGUCUGAUAUGGAUUCGCUUCAAAUGCCUUUCCCCGUCCGCGAGUACCUCGAGACAGAGCUUCACGCGUUGUUUUUCGAUCCAGAGAGACCGACGACCCCACUGUUGGUUCUGGAGGCUCCGGGCAUGAAGGUGAUCGACACAGCGCUGCUGGGCCUCGUUCCGGUGGCGCGCCGCACCGGCCGUCUGCCGAUUUCGCAUCCCCUGCUUCUAGACCUUUUGGUGCAAGUGCGGAGCUAUCUGCAUGCCAUGCGCAACACGAACGGGGCGCUGUACGCGACAGAGAAGUUGGCGGACGCGACGGCUCGCACCCGCUUCCUCUCCAUCAUUCGCGAGGCGGCCCUGAAGGCGGCGUUCAUGGAGCAGCUCCGACUGGCGCUGCCGCAGCGCUUCCUCUGGAAACGCAACCAGUUUUUCCACAUUGACAACAUGGCCAAGAUCAACGAGGACUACGCAGCGAGUGGGGUGUUGCCUCCCGACUACAAAUCGCGGCUCCUGGAUCUCUUGCCAACUGUGUGCGACUCGAUUGCGGCGUCUUCGUACGACGCGGCCCUCGACAUCCUGGGCAUCGACGUCGCGCCGAUUGCGAACUUUCGGGAGGUCGUCGUGCAUCUGCGCCAGGUGCUUCGAAACGCAGGGGUGGAGGUUCCGCAGCAGCUGCGUCACCACCCGAUCGAGAACUUCAUCACGACGGCCAACUGCGGACCCGUUCGGCAACUGCUCAAGUCCGAGAAAGUGGAGAAGGCCUGCGCGGAGUUGGACCAGGCCCGCGCGCAGGUGCUUGGCAAGGUCAGCUUCACCGCCGAGUUCAAGCAAAAAGUCGCGGAGGUUGAAGCCCGACUGGCUGAGCGCGUCACCUGCGGGGCUGAUUCCGAGGACGGCGGGAUGCUGCGGAAGUUCUGGGUGCGCCUGAUGGAGGACGCCAUGAAGAACGCCGGCGUUAUCAACUACUGGGACUCGUUCCUCAGCGCCCCGGAGACCGCCUUCGAUCACCCUGGAGUCGAAGCGCUGGGUGAGGGCGUCGUCGCCGCUACGCUGCACAGGCUUGCGCUGCAUGAGCGUGCGGGGACUUUGACACCCAAGAAGGAGGCGGCAGUGUUCCCCACGAUCUGCCAAUUCAUCUCCUACGUGCGUCGGACGACGCAAGCGAAGCCCACUGCGGACUUUUGCCGGCUGUUUCCAGACGGGCGCCCAGUGCUCACCCGGUUUUUCAAGCAAAGCCGACAGAACCAGGUCAUGCGCAUGGAGCUCACGAGCUUCUCCUUCACGCGAGGGCCCACUGUGCUGUGGAUCGAGGACAUUGGCGAGGUUGCAAAAGUCAGCAACACGCUCCAUCCGCCUCGAAACGCGGCCGUGAUCACAGCCUUCCGGAUGCUUGGCGAAGCGAUCUCCACAUCGCGAACUCCACAGGUCGCGGACAACCCGUCGCUGCGCAAGCCGUCGGAGCUCGUGAAGAACCUGUCCGAAGUCACGGAUCUCUUGCUGGACAAGUUCCGGAAGAAACACAGUACUAUGAACAAGUGGAGCAAGCAAGUGGUGAAUGCGAUUUUGCGGGUCGUUGACGCCGCCAUUGUGCACGCUCUCACUUCCGUCCGGCGCUUCGCGUCGUACUCCUCCAGACAGAUCAAGUCUGCCCGCGAAGAGAUCAAAGUGCAGCGCGACCUGGAGCGCCGUGUCAGCGCUGUGUCUCGCUACGGAGCGAACCGCAGACGCGAAGCAGUCGCAGACCCGCCACCGCCGGCGUCUGCCGUCGGCUUGUCGAAUCCCGAGCCAGGACCCAGUCCGCCCGCGCUCAUCCAGAGGGCCUUUGCCUCAUCCGUUGCCUCGAUUGCCUACCAAGUCGUCUCCAGCACGCUUCUGAAACUGCACCGAAAUACCCCGCGGUUGAUCUCUUCUGUGUUGGGGACGAGCAUGAAAGACAUUGCUGUGCUCCUGCGCGCCAAGCCGACAGUCUCUGGCUCAGUCAAGAGCAUCGCAAUGUCGACGUGCGUGAACAUCUUUGACAACGUCGUACUGCCGAUCCUCACCAAGCCCAACGUCUUGGCUCCCGAGACGCUGAUUCGGAACUUGAUUGCGCAGCUGACUCGGGGCAUUCACUACGCCAUCAUGCCAAACAUUGGAGCGGUUGAAGAGGAGUUCAGGCGAGCCAGGUCUCAGGACGGCAUGCUGCCCCUGUCCACGUUCGUCCACGGCAUCGUGCUCGCAGCUGUCACACAGCUUGAGACACUCAUGCAAAACAAUAAGUGGCAGACGGAAAUGGUUCGCCUUGUCCAGGAGAACAUUCGGACUCUGAACAGUUACUUCAUCGACCUUGUCAAGCGAUUUCGCCUGGCUGACGCCCUGUGCGGCAUCACGGACCCCCUUCUCGACGCGAUUGCAGACGUCGUCGAGAAAAACGCCGAAACGCUCGCCCAUGUGCUAUCCGAUUUGAUGCAGGUUGACGCGUUCGGCCUCUUAAUCAAAUUCGCUCAGGCUGAGCUGCUGAGAGAAAUCCGUCUGAUAGUGGACACCGGCGAAAUAUAUGGUCUUUUCGAGCUUCUGUUCUCCACGGGCGUUGUGAACGUGUUAACUGACGCCGCUAAGGGAGGAUACUACUUUUACAAAAGGGAACAUUUGUAA